AUGACGCUGCCUAGCACCGAGUCCAGCAUCCCGCUGGGCCCUUACACCAUCUACGAUCCCAGCACGGGCAUCUACGCCUCGCGGCUUCCACCUCCUCAGAUUCCAUCCGAGUCCAUCUACCAAUUCUGCAUGGGCAGCGUGAGCUUUGACGAUCCAACCCCGGCCAUCACCGAUUGCUCGACAGGACGAUCCAUCUCAUACGGAGAACUUAAGCUGCGAGCACAACGAUUCGGUCUGGGUCUCAUCACAAAAGCAAAGCUGAAGCCUGGUGACACGAUCAUGGUAGCUCUUCAUUCAUCAAUCGAAUUCGCCGUCACUGUCAUGGCCGCUCAAUUCGCUGGACUCCGAGUCGCACUUGCCAACCCCGACUACGCUCGCAAAGAGCUCCAACACGUAUACAGGCUUGUCAAGCCCAAGAAGGUCGUCAUUCACAGCUCCUACCUCGGUCGUGCUGCUGCUGCAAACAUCAAGACUUUCACCGUCGUUCUCACCGACACCAAACUGGGUCGUGGCGGUGUCCUCUCGGUCGGCGAGCUGCUUGCAGACGAGGUGCCGGCGAAGGAAGCACAGCCGUUUGUUCCAGACGACCUUAAUACGACGGCGUACCUCCCUUCGUCGUCCGGCACGACGGGCUUACCCAAAGCCGUGCAGAUCUCGCACUUCAACGUGGUUUCGAUGCUAUCCAUGAACCUCAACACGCCCGGUUUCAUUCCGGACGGUCUCACACCCAGCGGUAUCCGCAUGCUCAGCUUCCUCCCCUUCUUCCACGCGUAUGGUCUCAACGGCCAGCUCCAUCUCAUCCUCCGCAUGCGUGGGCAGCUGUUCAUCCUCCGACCCUUCGCGGCAGAUACGGUGUGCAAGGCGCUGGCGACGCACAGGAUUAACAUGUUCAACUGCGUUCCGCCGGCGCUAACCAAGCUUUCCAAACACGCAGGCACCGAUCGGAGCGCGUUUGCUACGGUCAAGCGCAUUCGGUGUGGCGCCGCGCCGCUGGAUGCGGAGACAGAAGCCAGGUUUUCGGCGUUGACGGGGGUCGAGGUGAAGCAGGGAUGGGGGAUGACCGAGCUCACGCUGGCUGGUUUGGAUCCGUCGAGCGGUUCGCAGACGCCCGGUUCCGUCGGGUGCUUGAUUCCUUCGACACUGGCUAGAGUGGUGGAUGUGUCGAGUGGCUUGCCGGUCACGCCUGGACAGCGUGGUGAGCUUCUCAUCAAGGGCCACCAGGUCUUCUCUGGUUACUUGUCGAACGCCGAAGAGACCAAAGCUGCAUUUACACCGGAUGGCUUCUUCCGCACAGGCGACGUCGUUGUCGUCGACGCUCACACGGGCGAGUUUAGCAUCGUCGACCGGCUGAAGGAGUUGAUCAAGUACCAAGGCUUUCAAGUCGCACCUGCGGAGUUGGAGGGCAUUCUCAUCACGCAUCCUAGCAUCGCCGCCGCCGCCGUCGUGGGCAGGUACGACAAGUCCACUGCCACCGAACUCCCCUGCGCCUUUGUCGAGCUCAGCGCCAGUGCCAGCAGUAAGAUCGGAAAACACAAAGCGGCAAGCGACGAAUUGGCACGAGAGAUCGAUCAAUUCGUGCGCUCCAAGGUCUCGCAUCACAAGUACUUGCGUGGCGGGAUAUACCUUGUCGACAAGGUACCUGUCAGUGCUAGCGGCAAGAUUUUGCGCAAACAGGUGAGAGCGAUGCUCGAAUCCUUGCAGCCGCAGCCCGCUCUACCGCAUGCCAAGUUGUAG